CGACUCUUUCUCUGGAUAUCUGCGAGACUGAAGUCAAUCUGGAAUGAGGGCUGCCAUCAUCAUCUUCAUCUUCAUCACUCUCUGCCUGAUCUCAGGUCAGGAACUUUGUUUCAGUGUGUUUGGAUGCGCUGGAGGGAGUUUGAUGUUCAAGUGUUUGUACAAGAAUCAGAAUGAUCAGCAUAAAGGGAAGUAUUUCUGCAGAGACAGGAACUGUAAAGUGGGCAUCAGUUCCAAGCUUCAGAACCGCUGGGAUUAUAACGGGAGAUUCGUUCUGUAUGAUGAUGAAAACAGCAGAUUCUUCACAGUGUUUAUCAAGAACCUCAGCAGAGAGGAUCAUGGGAAAUAUACAUGUGGAAACACUCAGAAAUGGAAACAUGAUGUUGAUUUAGAGGUGAACAGAGGUAUGUGUGACACUUUAUAUUUUUUAUUAUAUCAGUGCAUGUCACAAGGUUUUGUUGUAUCAUUUUCAGAGUCUGGUUGUGGGACGUCUGUUAUCCUGGAUGAGUAUGUUGGAGAAACAAUCUCUUUCCACUGUGAAUAUGAUGAUAAGUUUAAAUCACACACCAAAGUCUUCUACAGACUGAAAGAGGGUCCUGUCCAUGUGCUGAACAGCUCACAAUCAUCACAAUCAUCUGAGGAGAAGAUCAUUCUGUCUGACAGUCGUGAAGAUCAUUUUAAUGUGACCAUUAGAGACAUUUCUGCAGACGACGGAGGAGUUUAUUUAUGUGGAGUGGAGAGAUACGGAUCAGAUCCAUCAAUUACUCACAUAUCCUUCAUUAAAGAAAUUCAGCUGAAUGUUUAUAGUCGAAACGCUUCUGUCCAGGUUCAGGCCUACUCCAGUAAAUCAGUCUUCAUCACGUGUAAAUUUCUACAAGAGUUCAGAAAAAAGAAGAAAUUCAUCCAGAAAGAUUCAUCACAGAAGAUCAUUGUUGAUGAACAGAAUCAAUGGGUCCGUCAUGAUAAAGUUCACAUGUAUGAUGAUUCCAGUGAAGGACUUCUGAAGGUUUUUAUCAGUGAUUUAACAGCGGCUGAUGAAGGAACGUACAGGUGUGGAGUGAAUAUCGCUGAUGAUGAUCUGUUCACUGACGUCACACUGACAGUAAAUCAAGUUGAUCAUUUUCGUGCAUCAAGUAAAGCAUCUGCUGUUAUUGGUGAAAGUGUGAAUCUCACCUGCGAUUUCCCUGAGAAACACGGCGAGACCUUCAAACACAUCUGCAGAGAGAACGAGCAGAAGAUAUGUGAGAGCAUCAGUUCAUCAGAGCAGAAACGCUUUGAGUUUUCUGUCAGUUCAGCAGGAGUUUUUACAGCGAUCAUCAGUAAUGUGAGCGAGAGAGAUGCUGGAGUUUACUGGUGUGGAGCAGAAACCAGAGACACACAUCUGACUUCUGUCUCUCUCACCAAUCAACAUCACCUCACUGUGACCAUGCCUCCAGUGGUCGGACGUGAAGGAGAUUCAUCAGAGAUCAAAUGCCCUUAUAAUGCAAAACAUUCAAGAGAAGUAAAGCAUCUUUGCAAAGGAAAGUGUUUCACUGAAGAUGCUCAAAAUAUCAUUCGAUCAGAUGAAUCCCAUGAGAAUAAAACAAAGAUUUCAGCAAAGGAUGAGCCUAAACUCAAUCUCUUCACUGUGACCUUGAGUGAGCUGAGAGCAGAGGAUGCUGGGAUAUACUGGUGUGCAGUGAGAGAUGAGUUUAAUCUUCACACUGAACUCAUGAUCGUCAUGAAAGAUGCGGUCACUCGUGAAGCGUCUGUCGGAGGAUCAGUGUCCAUCAGCUGUAAGUUCAUCAGGAAUCACAUGAGGAUUUUCUGCAGAGGAGAUCAGCCGAACAUCUGUGUGCGAGACGGAGUUCGUGUUUCAUCGAAUAAGAGAACAAAUGGGCGAUUCUCUCUGACUGAUGAAACCUCAGCUGGAGUCUUUACUGUGAACAUCACCGACCUGACAGAAGAGGAUUCUGGGAAAUACUGGUGCGCAGAGGAGAGUUCUGGGUCGUACAUAUUCACUGAAGUUCAUCUACAUGUGAUCAGAGGUAAAAUAUUAAUUAAACUCAUGAUAACAAUUGUUUUUUGCUUAAAAAUUAUAAUUGCAAUAAUUUGUCUCGAUUGUUGUAAUUUGAGAAAUGUCUUUUUAAAUUUAUUCACAAUUAUUGCACUUUCAAUCACACAGAGGCAAAUCAGCAGUAAUUUCCCAGUGUAG